AUGAACGCGCUCUUCCUGUUCACCCUCAUGUGGGCCUCAGUACACGGCGGCGAGGAGAGCCGGGUCUCACUCCGGGCGAUCUCGCUCCGCUUGGCUUCCCAACCCAGUGCUCGGGCUGUGCCCGGGGCUCUUGGCCAACUCACGUGGCAGGAGACGGUAGUCAGGAGCGCCCGGCAUGACGUUGCCGACGUGAACGCCCAGCACGACUUUGCCAACGUCACGGAGGUCGGCGUGCAGCUCGCCGAAGGCGCAGCGACCACCGCCUUUAAGACCCAGAGGACCGACAGCGGCCGAUUUUGGCACGGAACCGAGGCGAAGAGCGGCUCAGUCGCCAACCUCCUCAUCUCGAGCGGCGGCCGGCUCGUCGGCUCGGUCACCACGGCGGGCACCAUCUACAGCAUCAAGACCCUCCCGAGCGGGGAGGUGCUUCUCUCAGCGCGCAACGCGUCCGCCUUCAAGGAUGAUCCUGACCCUGAAGAUACGCCCGGAGCGGUGCCACCUGGGCGUCAAAAGAUGACAAACGUGGACGAUGGGACCGUGAUCGACCUGCUCGUUCUGUACACGAGAGCUGCCAAUGCCGGCUAUUCGUACGAGACUUGUCCGGACCCUGUGGAUUCUCCCUCCGUCAAGCAGACGAUCGAGGACCGCAUUGAGCUAGCGCUGGAAGAGUCCAACGCCGCUCUCGACAAUUCGGGCAUCACUUCGGCCGAGCUCAGGUUCAGGAUCGUCCAUGUGUACUACGAACCGAGCUACGUCGAGACCAACUUCAGCAGCACCUUGAGCCAUCUAAGGAAUGAUGGCGACGGGUUCAUGGACGAUGUCCACACGAGACGCGACGCACACGGUGCCGAUCUCGUGGCAGCCAUAAUCACCGACGAUGCAUAUUGUGGCAUGUCCAAUCAGUUCACCGGGUCCGAGUCGCGAGGCUUCUCGAUCUCGGAUUACAAUUGCGCCACGCCGACGCCACUCGCUCUCGACAGGGGCUACUUCUCGUUCCUUCACGAGCUCGGACACAACAUGGGUGCUGAUCACGACCGAGCGGAACUUGGUCUGCCGGCAACAGGCGACGGAUAUGGCUACGGAUGGCAGGACCCCGACGACGAGUUCCGCUCGAUCAUGGCGUACAAUUGUCCGACCUACUGUCCCAGAGUCCAGCGGCUGUCCAACGUCUGGACGACCUACUCUGGCAAGAUCAUCGGAGACCAGCACAACAUGGUCGCCCAGACCUUCCUGGACAACAAGCUGGCCGUGGCGAACUUCCGCGAUUCGCUCGACUCGCCUCCGGCACCGUGCACGACCACAGGCGGCUCAGCUCCGGAGGGCUCAACCUGUGUCUUCCCCUUCACCUACGACGGCGCAACGUACAGCGAGUGCACUACGAUCGACAACGAUAACACCGCAUGGUGCUCAAUCGAGGCCAUCUACUCGACGCUCUGGGGCAACUGCGUGUGCAUCCCCGCUUCGCCCUCGGCGCCGCCUCCGACCUCGGCCUCGCCGCCGCCCUCCGCCUCGCCGCCUCCUCUACCGCACUGCGCAACGAUCUCCUCAAAGAAAAAGUGCAAAAAGGAUGAAGCGUGCCGGUGGAAGAAUAGACAGUGCGAGGACGAGCAGGCGGACAUCGCGCUCAAAUGCCUCCCCCCCGCCCCCCCGCGCCCCGGGCUCCACCGUCUACGGCUCUACGGCGAUUUAGUUCCGGGCCGCUCUGGCGCGUGCUAG